CCUAUUAUUGGAUUUCUAAAAGCUGAGUCCCGAAUCGAGGAGAAUUUUGAUGAGGAUGAAUUAGAAGAAGGUGAAUGUGAUGAAGAAUAUUUCUACUAUAGCCAAGGAAGAUUCGCAAAAAGAGACUCACAAAUAAUGAGUCGAUUUUCAUGA